AUGGCGCUCAUCAGCGCAGGGAACGACGCGGCGCUGGAGUUCAAGAGCUGGCGGCGCUGGAUCGGCGCAAAGUUUGCUGUGGAGGCGAGCACAGGCCUGGCGAAGGAGGCUCUGGGCCCUCUAGUGCUGACUCUGCUCGACGAUGAGGCCGAGAGAGCAUGCGAGCACCUGGAGCUCGCGGACAUCGAGAGGGAAGGAGGCGCCGAUCUGAUCUUCCAGGCCUUGGAGGAACGUUUCCCCGACAAGGAGGCCAGUGACAGGAUCGGCGACGCGCUGGAGAAUGUCUUCGGGCUGGCCAUCGAGCGAGGCGAGACGUCUUCGGCAUACACGGGAAGAGCGAGGACGAUCUUCGCCAGAGCAAGGAAGGAGGGAAUGGAGCUCCCCCUGGUGGCCCAGGGCUUCCUGCUCCUGAAGGGGGCCCGGCUUGGCAUGGAGCGGGGAGCGGUCGUGCUGGCAGCCAGUCAGCGCCAGUGGGUUUUUUCUGAGAUGUCGGCCGCCAUCCGGACGGCCUACCCCAAGCAGAUGCCGACGUCCCAGGUCCACGAGGUGAACGCCUGGGAGGACAGGUCUACCAUCGCGCCCGCGGCAUCCGCUGCGGAGACUACAUCGAUGGUCGAAGAUGAUGAGUUGGAGGCCGAGAUCAACGAGCUGCUUGGGGAAGAAGAAGAUCCCUUGGAAGAGGAGGACGCGAUCGACGUGUUGGCUACGUGGAAGGAAACGAGGACGGCCAUGAAUAAGGAAAAGUUACAACGAGGACUACCCGGACGCGAUGCAGCGGGUCUCAAGCGAUUGAAGGACAAGGUCCGCUGCUUCCUGUGCAAGGAAAUUGGCCAUUUUAGCCGGGAAUGUCCAAAGCGACAUCGACUACAGCAGGGUGGCCAGAAGCGUUUCAUGCAGAGACCUUUCAACCAGGGACAACGAGCAGCACGACAGGAAGCAGUGAUCCAGGUGAUGGUGACCCAGCCUACGACGGCAAAUGAAGAUGAUGAAGGUGCGUGGUCUGAGAUAGACGCGCCGCUUGCCUCAUGGUCGAAAGACAAACAGCCAAACCUCAUCACCAAGUUGACGAACGAGGAGAAGUUCAGACGACUGGCACACGAGAGACGAGAGACGGAGCAGGAUACAGAUGCGGACGAGAUCGACGAGGCUGACGAAGAUGAGGACACCAUCGAAGUGUGUGCGUGUCAUGCUCCAGGCUGUGGUGCUCUUGACUCUGGAUGUGGUAUGGCCCUGAUCGGUUCGGAGGCUCUCGAGGAAUAUGAGAAGGAAACGGGCCUGAAGCCGGAGUGGGAGGAGGAGGCGCCGAGCGUCAGGUUCAAGAGCUACGACGGGAAGCUCAGGAGAUGUCAGAGGGCGUGCUGGAUUCAGUGGCACGUCCCCGCGGCCAAGAAGCGAGUGAGGAUCCUGGUCUACGUGAUCGAGGGCAAGGCCGGACUCCUGAUCAGCAAGCAAGUGAUGAAGAUCCUCCAGGCGGAAGGCAGUGGACAUUAUGAGGUGGACUUGCUCGGGCGCGAGUAUGAGGACAACCCGGAGCCGGACAUCAGCUUCCAGGUCCUCGCCGUGAAGAACCAGGUGCCCGGGGUGAUGGAGGUCUUCUCGCCCCCGCGGGUGUGCCCGCCGCACGCGCCCGACUACGGGAUGCGCGACCUCGGGUCGUUCGACAAGGUCUCGGGCUGGGAUGCUCGCCAGCCCCAGGACUUGCAGGAGCUGUGGGAUAGGGAGCAUACACCGAAGGGCCAUCACCCGGACCAGCUGUACGAACUUGUGAACGGCUACGGCGGUGUGGAUCAGCCGCAGCGGUGGUUCUCGACUUUCAAGCGAUAUGUUGAGGAGAUCGGCUUCGUGGUGAAACGAUGUACCGAGAAUGAAAGCAAGGCGCUGCCAAAGGAGAAGUCUGCGCUGAUCUCGAUGAACCAGGCUGGCAAUUGGCUGGCAGGUCAGACUAGGCCGGAUUUGUCUUGCCAGGUGAGCAAGAACCAGCAGCUGUUGCCGAAUCCGACGGUGAAGGAGAUAAAAGAUGCUAACAUGCUCGUACGUCGUGCUCGCCAACACAAGGAUCUCACGAUACGAUAUUUUGCGAUCCCACUCGAGGACCUCAGGACGGCACGGGGCCUCCUCCAGAGCCUCACGGAUGCGGAGACCAGCUACCCGAGAAUGAUCAGUUGCGUGGCAGCCGAGCGUAAGAUGGCAGUGAAAGUGCCAGCUGGAGUUCUCGACACAGGCUUGAAGUCAAGUCGGAACAUGAGAGUGACCCUGAUAUACCGCAACAGCACGAAUUACGUCCAGGUGUUGACCGGAGCAGCUAUCGAGGACUCGAUGAUCCGUCAGAUGAGUGAGCUGGAGAGGAACUAUUUCGAGACGACCGUCCAUAACCCGUCCUGCAAAAUGGAGAUGCCGACUGGAAGCGAACACCUGACAAAGAUAUUGCGCUUUCCCCCGUAUGAGGACAGGGGCAAGGGCACGGAGGCGGGCAGUUCGACCAAGCAGGAGGAGUCGAGGGAGGAUGCGGAGUUCAUCAAGAUCGAGCUGCCAGAUUUUCCCAAGAAGGACUUGGCAUACCAGGAGGCGCUAUCAACUACGGCGUUGUCAGUCAUCGAGCAGAUGUCCAACUAUCCCGAUCAGCGCGAUGCACUGCUGCGGGUGAUGAAGAACAACUUCGGCCUCGAGAUGACGGCCUUGGAGGCGGAGCGCCAGGACUCCUACGACCGUGAGCAAAAGGUGCCCGCUAGGCUCCAGGGGAAGAUCGGUCAGGAGAACUACGAGAGGGAGGGCAUGGCGCUGCAGUCGCUCGCGGGCGUCGACAAGGAUGCCGUCUGCGGGGACGGGACGCCCGCGGGCUACUACUGGGAGGACCACGGGCGCGCAGAGCCGAGCCUCUGCUCUCGGUGGUGUACCUGGACGGCGGCCACUGGUGUUACAGCGGCCAAACUUGCCUCUCGCGGUGCAGCCGCCCGGGCGACCACAAGUGCAGUUCCCGCGAGUGGCCCGCGACGAAGCAGCGCGGCAACGCCUCGAACUGCGAGGUUGGCCAGGCGUGCGGGAUCUUCGCCCCGGCCCACAGCGCCGACUUGGAGGGCGCCAACAAGGUUUUCGUGCCCCACUGUUCCUCCGACGCCUUCCUGGGCGACGCUCUCGCCUUCGGCCUGA